ACUCAAGUGAUUGAGAUAUUUUUCUCAACGAAAUUAGGACAGAAUGAACGGAUCGAAAAUGGGUCGUCUAAAAUAUGAUAUUUCAACCGUUUAUAUUGACUCUAAUGAAAGAUAAAUAGCGUUAAUAAUAGGGCACAGGUUAUUUUAACAAAAUGCCUACCUGUAAAAGGUUAAAGCCUUUACUGGAUGAGGAUAGCAGUCCAGAUAUUGUUGAUGAUGAUGACGAUGAAAUGAUGGAAACUCAAGGAGGAACAAAGCACAGAAAACUUACAAGGGCUGAAAAGUCCAAGAAUGCUGCUAAAAACAGGAGAGAUAAAGAAGCUGUGGAAUUUAACAAUAUAAUAGAGGCAUUACCAUUUCCUAAUGAAGAUUUAGAGAAAAUGGAUAAAAGUUCUGUUGUCAAGUUAACCACAUCAUAUUUGAAAAUGUUGGAACUCAUAGAAAAAGAAAUGAAAUCAUUGAAAAUCGACAAUAAAGUUAAAGAAAAGGAAACUACUGUUUGUAAACCUGUCUCAAGUAAUGAAAUUGUUUUAUCUAAUGAUACCCCUUUGGGAGAAAGUCAAUUAAUGUUAGAAGCAUUGAAUUGCUUUCUUAUUCUAUUGGAUAGGAAACGGAAGAUUUUAUUUGUAUCCAAGAAUGUUGAAGAUCACUUAGGAAUAUCCCAGGUGCAGCUAAUUGGAAAAACAGUUGAAGACUUUAUUGAAGAGAAAGACAUACCAGAAUUACGGAAACAAUUCAAUUUAAAGUUUAUGUCCCAGAGCGACAGAUGUGAAUCUAUGGAAGCUGAUGAUAGCCAUCCAGAAGUUAAGGAUAUCUAUCAUCAACUCGAUGAACAUAGGAUGUUUUACGUUCGCAUGCUGUGCCAAUAUAAAAACAACAAAACAAAGUAUAAAGGCCAUACACUAGUACAGUGGACUGGAAGAUUGAAAAUGAGAAAAACAAACAAGGCCAAUAACUUUGCUACUACAGGACUUUUAUGUACAUGUAAAGUGAUGCAGACAAACUCAAUUUUAGAAAUAAAAAUGGAUGGCAACAUGUUUAUGAGCAGACAUGACCUUGGAAUGACCUUUACCUUCUGUGAUCCUAGGAUUAUUACCUUGAUUGGAUAUGAGCCCAGUGAAGUUAUAGGACGGACAGCUUAUCAAUUCCACAAUCCAUUGGAUGCUGAAAGAGUCAGAGUCUGUCAUUCAAACUUAAUAGUUCAAGGUUCGUCAGUCAGCAAAUAUUACAGAUUCGUUGGCAAGAAUUGUGAUUGGGUGUGGAUGCAGACACGUGCUACGAUAAUUUAUAACACAAACAACGUUCCACAGUACAUAGUCUGUAUGAAUUACAUUAUAAGUGAAGAAGAGGGUGUUCGAGUAUUAAUGGAGGAGGACAAAGAAUGUCUAAGCUGUACAGGAGUAAUGGAAAUAUCCAGUAAACCUGUCAAGGUCAAAGAUUCUUCAAAGGGAGAUAAUCCCGAUCACCAUAGUGACAAUGGAUACCAUAGUAGUUAUAGCCCUUAUUCUAGUAUCAAUCCGAGUCCAUUGUCAGAAAGUUCAAUGAGUCAUAAACAAUUUGAAUCUGAUGAUUGUGGCGGAGGCGAUACUAACGAUGACUUUCCCAUGAGUGUUGUUCAAGAAUGUGCUAGUUCGUUAGACCCAGAUGGCGCUGACGAUGAAGAAAUGAUAAAAUUCAUUGAAAGUUUGGAUAGUGAAAGUGACAUGGCCAAAAAUAUUCAACAGUUAGCUGAUAAUGUUCAGUGGAAUAGGGGACAUUCUUCACAGAUGGCUUCCUCAAAAAAGAGAUCUCUUCAAAGAAUUAAAUCCUGUCCACAAGUUUUGUCUCUACUUCCGAUAAACGAUAGUGACGUAGACGAUCAACCGAUUCAAUUCACCUGUAGACCAUCAGGCACUGCGUUCUUUCAAGACCCGGCAAAUCAAUUCGAGAGCGGCAAUAAUCUUGGCAAUAACUUUGAAAUUCCAAAACCAGGACUUUUAAACAUUCAAAUUGGCUCAUUUAAUGAUGGCAAUCUUGGAGGCUCGUCAACUUUAACUGAAGCAUUACCAAAAGAGAUCUCAGACUUUUGCAUGCAAUAUGCCGAAUCAAUGGCCGACAUUCAGUCACAGGAUGUCAUGAUGCAGUACGGACAUGACAGUUUAUUUCCAGACUUGGAGGGUCUACACGAUCAUUCUGGUCGGAUCGGUGGUCAAUCAAUGAAUGGUAGUGGCAUUGUGUCACCUGGUAGUCAGCAUUCCUAUGGAAGUCCACAACCACUUCAAAAUAAUACACAAACAGUAAUACCUAAUUCACAAACUGUCAUACCGAAUUCACAAACAGUGAUUCAGAAUUCACAAACAGUUAUUCCUAAUUCACAAAUAGUGAUGAUGAAUGGACAAACAGUGAUGCCCAGUACUCAAAUCGUAAUAUCUAAUACACAGACAGUAAUGCCGAAUACCCAAUCAGUUCUGAUCUCUCAAUCUAUGCUUCAGAAUCCAAAUUCAGUACUAAAUACACAGUCAGUUUUACUGAACUCGCAACCAGUGUUGUCAAAUACAUCACAACCAAUAUUCCCAACUAGUCCACAAUAUUUUGCUCGUAAUUCAGACACUCCAAACUCAUAUCUUUCAGGCUCUAGUGUUAUGAGCCCGCCUCAGAGCUAUUCAAAUCUAAACAGCCCGAUGUCAGUUGAAUCAAACAUUUCUAGCCCUCAGGGUGAUUUUUCAAACAUACAAAGUCCAAAUCCCCAAGCACAUGCUUGUACAAUUGGCCUUAAUAACUUGACAAUGAAUUCAGUCCGAUCCCCAUCGCAUAAUUACAUGCCCCAUGUGAAUCCAUCUCAAAAUCAACAGAAUUUCGUGGGUCAUAGAAUGAAUGGCAAUAUGGAUAGAAAUAUGAUGGCGAAAAUAAACAGUGGAAAUAAUAUGUCUCAAGUAAAUAUUGGGAAUCACAUAGUGAACAAUCAUGUGAAAACAAAUGGCCAUUCUUUGCUUCAUAAUGGUGCCAGUCAACAGGUGUUGUCUAGAAUGGCGCCACCUGCAAAUCAACAGAAUUAUCAGCAAAAUAAAGCACAAAAUAAUACUAUUCAGAUGGCUAGUGGCAGAAGUAGUAGUACUUGUGUUGCUCCAAAUUUUACUGCUAAUAAUCCGUCAAAGGGUUUACGUAACGUUAAGUCAAUGUCUGAACUUGAAAAAAUGCUUCGAGGUUAUUCUCCACCAUUUUUACAGGACAAACAAUCUGGUUCCCCAGAUUCCAGUUGUACACUCCUACAGCAGAUGUUAACUGGAAAGUUAUCCGGGGAAAAAUACAUUGCAAUGGAAAAACAAAGACAAUUAAACGGUGUGAUUAGAACUUCCCAUAAAUGAAGUGAAAUAAUGAAAACCUUUGUAAAUACACAUAUCAUAUAGAUAUAUUUAUAUACACAUUAUAUUCAUAUACAUGAAAUGUUUAUCAUACGUACGUAUACCCAUAUAAAACCAUUCCAUUUUGUGAAAUUAUUUUUAUUAAUUUGUUCAUAUUUUUUCUAUAUUGUUUGAUAAGCUUCAGGGAAUUAUAAUAUGGUUAUCUGGUCAAAUUCUGAUGUAUGUAUAAGAAAUUUUACCGACCUUUAUAAGACCCUUAUGGGUAGUCAAGAUCGUCAAAAAAACAUUGUCAUAGGACUUUUCAUAGAUAAGAAUUUUUAUUUAAGAAAAUAUCUGCAAUAGUAAAAAUAUAAUUUUCUCUAACUUUAUUUCCAAGGGCAGAUAAUAAAAUACUCCCUUUGGUCUGAAGAUCCAAAGGGUGUCAUACCUGACAACUGUCACUAUUUGCGGGGAUUUCCCCCAUGGAAGCUCUCAAAUGGAAAAGAGCAUAUUUGUGAACAAUUUUAAACAAAACAGUAGUUUGAUAAUUGCUAUAGGCUUUUUAAAGUAUGUAGAAGCCAAAAAACUACAUUAAAAUACAUUUGGAGGUCCCCUUGAAGGUUUUAUAGGACUACAAGAGCACUCUUGCACGCAAAAAAAACCCAUGGGCAUUUUGAAGUUGGAAGGUAUGGGGAGUAAAUUUAAAUUAUCUCCCCUGAUAUCAUUUUUAAAAAUGAAGUUAGCAGACUUGUUUGUCUACAGCACCUUUGUAUUAUGUUUAGCAGCGUGGCACAUUUCACAAGGGAGAAAACCAUAUCAUCUCAUUUAAAAAUAAAACCAUGAGAAAACAAAUUUUAUUCUAUUUGAUUAAAAAUGUUUCUGUGGAUGCAUAUGAAUACAAAAUAACUAUUUCUCAGACACACAUUAUUUGUAAAAUGUUAACAGGUAUGUAAAUGUAUCUGUUCUCAGUUUGACUCUUUUUGAAUUUUCCAAAGACUUUAAGAAUAAAAAAUUGUAAGAUCUUUUUUCAAAUUACACAAAGAGUUUUUAUGUAUUUAGAAAACAUUCAAAAUACAGAAAUAUUGUAAAAUGCAUGCUUUCAUUACUGAUAUAGUUAGUUAUAUUUGUUUGUUAUUCCUUUUGUUAAUUGAAUUCUAUAUGUUGGUUAGAUAAAAAAAACAAAAACUUAUCAAUCAGUGAAAUUUAAAGUGAGUUGUCUUUUUAUGUUACAAAAUCAUGGUAAAUCUGGUCACAACUGAACCUUGCUAUGUAGACUUAGACCAACUGCUCUUUUUACCAUAAAUCUUACAUAUAAAAUUUCUCAUAAGUCAUGAAAAUAUCAGUAUAAAUUACGAAUUUAUGAUCAAUUUAAAUCAUAAGAUUUUUUGUUAAAAAGGUAUCAGAGCAUACAAAUUGUUCAGGAAAUUAACCUUUCUAAACUAAAUACCUGUGUAAUCUGAAAAAAAUCUUAAGUGCUGAUGGGGUUCAAUUUAAAUGUGUUUUAGAUCCAUAUUAAAUUAUCUUUUACCCUAUAGAAACAUGUGUGUCACACUAACCUCUUGCAAGUAAUUUUAGGUGAACACUGUAAUGAAUUUAUUAUGCUGUUACAACUAAAAAUAGAAAUGAUAUACAUUUAUAUUAGUUGUUAUGCCUUUUCAUCUAAAUUUGAAAGUGAAUCAUGUUGUUAGAAAAUACACAAACCUUGAAAAUUUUGAUAUAAAUUUAUGUUGUUGAUAUCAUCUGCCAGACAGGCCGUAUUUGUUUCCAAAAAAUGAUUAAAUACAUGUAUACAUGUAGCUCUAUGUGAAUGAAAAUUGUGUCUGAACAUUUUUCAAACAUGUUUGUGCUAUCAAAGUGGAUAGAUAUUUAUUUGAUAAAUUUUUUUUGGCACAUUUGGGAGCAUACUCAGUUGAACAUCUAUGUUAUGCUCAUUUUCGCCCUAACUUUCCAUGUUUUCUGCAGUUUAUGUUCAGGUCUUUAUGUUUUCGAAGUAUACUGAUAUUUUUAUAAGAGGAUAACAUCAAAAACAAAAUAUUUUUAGCUUGAAAAUGUGUUUCUUUGAAGAAAAAAAAACAUCUGAAAAGGCUAUUUGAAAUUUCCUGAUGUUUUGUCAAUGAGGGACACAUAUUCACUGUUUUUACACAUCUAUUUAAAACCAAAUAACUGCACCUUUAACCAAUAUUUAUCAAAUCUAUUUCAUUAUAGAUGAAUAGCAGACAUUUCAAAGGUGUAAAGAACUGAAAUUUAGGUAAUCAGUCAAAGAACUUCUAAGAAAUACUUCUUUGAAAUAAUUUUUUCAUUCAGGAAAUUGGCUAAAAAUCGUUGUCUGUUUUUUCCGUCUUUUUGUGGUUAAGUGCUGAAAUCUUGUCUACGUUUAAAAAAUAAUCAUAUUUGUGAUACCAAUAUAAUUUACCGGCAUAUUUCUUACAUUUCACCAAUCCUUUGAAGUUUUUACAUCUCAAAAUCAUAAAACGGCGAAAUUGUGUCCCUGGCGAAUAUGGGCGCCCCACUCUAUAUAAAUGCAGUUUUGUUUCAAAAAAAAAUCACUGCAAUUUUUGUUUAAAAUAUGAUACUUUCUUCAUAGGAGUUCUGUUUUUUAAUGAUUUUAAAUUUUUUUAUGAAAAGGCCUGUUGUAAACUUUGCAGUAAUGUCUCAUUUCAAAUCUGCUGAUCCAAAUUUAUACACAGUACAUUGAAAAUACAAUGCAACUUUAACUAUACUAUUUCAUAUUGAAUAUCAUAAAGUUUAUGUCUGUAUUAAAUAUAAAGGAAGUAGAUUUUAUCAUGAACUGUCAUAAUAUUAAAAGCAUUUUUAUGCCAAUCAAAAAUCUAAGACGACUGCUAUUUUAACAUAAAUUUCAAAAGAACUUUUUGAGUAGUUUGUUUGUUUGUAACAUUUUACUGGUCAAUGGUAUGUCAUAUAAACACAUACUGGUUUGAAACAGACUCCAUUCCUCAAUGUACAGUACAUGCAUUAUUUUCUGUGAACCUAAUAUAUUUCAAUUUAUUUUUGUGUAAGAAUUAUAGCAGAAAUUAUUUUUUGAUUGUACAAAAGAGGGCAUAAAAUUCACUAUUUGGAUGCUAAAUCUGCAUAAGUAGUAAAAUUCUUCACAGCCUUGAAUAUUACUUUAGGUUCAUUACAUCUGAAGCUCUUUUGUUUCAGCUAAAAGAAUGGCAUUUUUUCAUACUGAUAUUGAUUCAAGUUAUGUAAUGAUCUUGCCUGGAACAUGAUAUAUAUUUUGAUUUGUUUUAACUUUGACUGUGAUAUUGUUUAUGGAAAGUUGUAUAUAUAUUUUUAACGUUUUAUGCAUAGGCUAUUUCCAGGACAUGUUAGUACUAUUUACAUUCUAUAUUUGAUAUGUUUAUCAAGAAUCGGUUAAUGCUUUUCCUAGAACAAAAGAGAGAAUUAUUUUUUCAAAGAGCAAACAUUUUUCGUAAAUUGUUGAAACUAUCUUUUCACUGAAUUUUCUUUAUUUUUAUGCCCCAUUUAUGGACAUUAUUUUUUCUGGUCUGUGCGUCCCUUUGUUUGUCCGUUCGUCUGACCAUUCGUCCGCCCGUUCGUUAGUCCGUCUGUCCCGCUUCAGGUUAAAGUUUUUGUCGAGUAGUUUUUGAUGAAGUUAACCCAAUCAACUUGAAACUUAGUAAACAUCUUCCCUAUGAUAUGAUCUUUCCAAUUUUAAUGCCAAAUUAGAGAUUUUCAUCCAUUUUCAUGGAACACUGAACAUAGAAAAUGAUAGUGUGAGUGGGGCAUCUGUGUACUAUGGACACAUUCUUGUUGACCUCUAUUUUUUAGAGGACACAUUAGGGAAUGAACAUUUUGGUGAAAAAUCAUCAAAGGAUGUUCUUCCCCUGUUGUACUAUUCUUGUAAAAAUUUGUUAAUUCAGGUCAAUUUAUUAUGGGGUUUACUGAUGUGUUUACAGAGGGUAAAGAAUCACUGUUAUUACUUUACUUUAUCAACUUUUAAGGGGACAUAAUUCUAUCCGUCAGAAUAAUCAUAUAAAUGGUAUAUAGAGGUUUUCCUCCAUUUGGAUAUUUCAGUUUUAUGAUACAACUUUUUUAGUUAUUAAGUUGAACAUCUGCUGUCUUGCCCUGUCACGUUUUUUUUCUGAUUUUCAAUUAUUAUGCAGUUUUUUUUCUCGCUUUAUUUAUUCAAAGUUGAUCAUUAUUUUUUAUCAGUUAGAUUGUAUCUCACGAUAAAGCAGCUCUCUAAAUUUGGUUUAUAUCAAUUGUCUUAAUUUCAAGGUGUGAUCACAUUUUGGAAUUGACAUUCUUUAAGUAUAGUUAAACAUUGAAAUAUACUAUAUAAGUAUACAAAUCUGCCCACUUUUUGUCAUUUUAGUUCACAUAUAUAUAUAUACAUUCAUGUGAGCAAUAGUCACUUUAUGAUGACUUCUUUGUCCUAAAAUAAUCUACUUUUAUAAUAGGAAAUCUCAGUUGUGAAAUUGAAAGAAUUCAUUAAUAUAAUAAAGAAGAGAAAUCUUGUCUAUUUGUAAAACAUAAUCAUACAUGUACAUAUGAAACUUAAUGCUUACAUGUAAUGUUGGCAACAUUGAGUUAUUCAUCGCAUAAUUUUAAAUCAUAUUUCUGAUUUAACUUUUCUCUUUCACAGCAGUAGAGAAAGUAAUCACAGUUGAGUUUCCUCUUUGCAUGUUUUCUAUAUGACACCCUGUCUUGUGUAAUCAUUGGAAUUUUCACAUGGGAGCUAUUUUUCUUAUCAUGAAAUCAUGUAAAAUAUUUUCUCUUUACAAAAAAAGUUUUGUUAGUAUUUGAAGGGUAAACUUUUUUCCCUUAUACAUUUAUUGAACCUAGCCAAAAAAAAAAUAUGCAUUAAAAUCGUGAAAAUUCCAAUAUGUGAAAAUCAUUCAUGAUAAAGGUAUUUAUUUGCAAUAUAUUUUUUGCAAUAGAUGUUCUUUUACCUAUACAUAUGAAUGCAAAGCUAAAACGUAUGCAAUAAUUUUAAGGCUCGGUAUUGGUAAUCAGUUAUUUGUCAGUGGAUAAUAGUAAUUUAUAACAAACCCUCUGUCUAUGACAUUGAUUUCAAUUAUUUCGAUUUUAGGGGGUAACCAUUGCUUUCAUGUAAUUAAAACACAUUUAUGGCUUGCUUGAUAGUUAUCAAUUUACAAACAAGUGUUGGAAUUUGCAAGCAUGAUAGAUAAUACUCCCUUUAAACUAUAUGACCAGUAGCUAUUAUAGGUUAAAGGUUUUGAACUUUUUGUGUGCAUUUAUUUUAGAUUUUUAAGAAGGGACAAAAAUGGGAGAUGAAUUAUUGCGGUUUUCUCCAAAAUCUUCAUACAGUUAUAUGUAUCCGAAUUGGACUUCAUAACAUUGCAAAACUCACUCAGUCACAUUAUUUCGAUUACAAAAAAGCUCUUUGGUUGGGUUGUUGUCUCUUUCAUGCCUUCCCCAUUUCCAUCAAUUUUUAUCUUAAAGUCAUAUAAGGAUUUAUGAAUUAACAGUAUAAGUGUUCUUAGAAUUCAAAAACAUAUAUUAUUUUUACCCUAAGAGUGCAUGUGCAUGGCAAUGAUUUACCUUAUUAAAAUUUCUAUUGCUUCUGAUCAUGCUGACAAGCUGCUUCUACCAAAACAUUUUCAUAAUUUUGUUUACACAUCAAAACCUUCAUUUGCAUAUUAUUAUCAUUAAGUCUCUCAUUUUUGACAUGUAUUGCUGUGCAUUUCUGUAUGCUGAACAUGGUAUUUUUUGUUAUUUUUGUCAUGUUAAGUUAUAUUCACAAUAUAUGAAAAAAAUACCACCAAGAUCUGCAAACACUAAACCAUUGUAAAAAGAUAUAUCUUCAAGAUUUAUAUGUCAUAUUUAACUGCAUAUUUGUUAAUAAAGUAUAAUAAUUUUUAUGUCAGAUCACUAAAGUAUUAUGUUGACAAUAUGAUACUUCCAUGGUGAGAAUAUUGUAUAUUUAAAACCACCUUGUUCUGUGUGAUAAUGAAUCAUUUAAUGAUAUUAAAAAGAUCAAAAGUUAG